AUGAAUUACAAAGUGCCCUGCAUUCUCCUGCUGAUAUCUGUCUCACUAUACUACCUACUAUCACCUGCUCCACCAUUGUCAGAUGAGCAACUCACCACUCAUCUUAAGGACAAAGUAGUCCUCAUCUGUGGAGCUAGUAGUGGUAUCGGAGAAGAACUGGCAUAUCAGUUAGCUGGGCAUGGAGCCAAACUAGUUCUGGUAGCAAGAAAUCAAGAUAAGCUAGAUGUGGUAAAGGAAGGAGUGGUAAAGUUGGGAGCAACUGAUGUUCAGACCAUUUCCUUUGAUUUUUCUGAUGUAAAGGGUAGCAGUGGAGUCAUCAAUCAAACCAUAGCCUGGUUCGGAAAACUUGACUAUUUGGUUUCAAAUCACGCUGCUAUGCCAAAUUUUGCAUUCUUGGGGUCUCCCUAUCAACAAGAGCCAGAUUUCAUUGAAAGAAUAUUCAGGGUGAAUUUGUUCAGUCAUAUUGAACUAGCAGUGCAUGCUCUCCCACAUCUUGAAGCAAGCAAAGGACACAUGGUUUUCACAUCUUCAAUGGCUGGAGAAAAAACUUCGUAUCGGAUGGCAAUGUACUGUUCGACUAAACACGGAAUGAAUGGUUUUUUCUACAGUUUACAACAGGAAUUGAUGGCGAGAGAAUCACCUGUAUCCUUAACCAUGGGAGCUUUCGGCUACAUUGCUACCAAGGACCUAAGUCAAAUGAUGGCUGGUGAAGGCAUUAAGAUUCCUGCAUGGGCUACAGGUGAUGUAAAAGAAUGUGCUAGAGGGAUGAUAGAAUCUUACAUCUUGAGACCACCGACUAUGACAUACCCUAAAUUAUAUGCAUAUGUUAACAGAGCUUUGUGGUACUUUCAUCCAUCAUUCCAUAAGACAAUGAUACAAGCCUUCAAACAUCCUGGUUCAGUUGGUAAUGGGUAUCAAGACUCGUUACAUGCUGCAGAUAAAAAGCAUGAAAAGGCAAAGGAGUUGAAAUUUCAACAAGGUUAUGGUCCAAACGAGGGCGAGGGGAACUAA